AGCAACGCCGGCUUGAUCCCGGGGCUAUAAAACCAGUCCGCGGUGAGCGCGGCGGAGCAGCAGCAGUUCUGGCUUCCGUGCAGACGCCCGGCGGCCGGCGCGCCGCCGCCCGGCCACCCCCAGCAUUUUCUACCCUCAGCCCGGAGCUCCAGCCCCAACUCACGCUGCCCUCCGAUCCUGGCGGGUCCGGUGGCGCUCGGCGGCAGCAGCGCGCCAGGCUGACGCCCGAGAGACCCUCCGCCUAGACCGCGGCUCCUGGAGGGCGGAUCGCGCACCUGCCCCGGCCCGCCUGAGCACGGGGGCGCCUUGAUGCGGCCCCCACACCUCUCACCCCACCGCCGCCGCGCUCCGCGCGCCGCCCCCCAGCCCCGGCAGGGCGCGCAACUUUGGAAGUCCCGCGGUGCUCCGAGAGGCGGUGGAGUCCGCACCCCGGCCCCAGCCCUGGCCCCGGCGGCACCGCCGCGUCUGGGGGAAGCAGGAGAGCUGCUAAUCGCUUCGGGGAUGUAAGGAGACAGACAUAGGACCCGGAGCCCGCAUCAGCACCCCUCGGCUGGCUGCCUCCCCGGGUGGGGGCGGGCCCCGCACACGGUAAGACCUCUUGCUUUCGCUCAGGCUCAAGAGUCGAGAGAUAGAAAUAUACAUGUGUUUUAAAUUUCCUGUUGUCCUUCCAAGUCAUCAGGCCAGCAGUGAUUUCUGUUCUCUCCUCUUGAAGAAUAAAUCUCUUUCCCCAUCGGCUCGACAUACUCUCUCCGGCCCCUUAGAAUAAAACUUGGCUGUGUUUAGGAGCUGGGAGCCCGAAGGCGCCCACCCCGGGCGUCCGAAGAGCAGACAGGGAGCCCUGCGCCGGGCCCAUGGGCCGCUAGCGACCCCCCAGCUCCGGCCCGACCUCCCUGCGGCCUUUUUCCCAUGUGAGGAGCCGCGGGGCGAGCGGGGCGCGGGAGGAAGAGGAGGACCCACGGGCUCCGGGCCGGAAGGCAGCUGGCAGCAGGCCCAGGCGAGCGGGCACCGGCGUUCAUGUUCCGCCAGGAGCAGCCGCUGGCCGAGGGCAGCUUUGCGCCCAUGGGCUCCCUACAGCCGGACGCUGGCAACGCGACCUGGAAUGGGACGGAGGAGCCGGGGGGCGGUGCCCGGGCCACCCCCUACUCUUUGCAGGUGACCCUGACUCUCGUGUGCCUGGUCGGUCUCCUCAUGCUGCUCACAGUGUUCGGCAACGUGCUGGUCAUCAUCGCCGUGUUCACGAGCCGCGCACUCAAGGCACCCCAGAACCUCUUUCUGGUGUCUCUGGCCUCGGCCGACAUCCUGGUGGCCACGCUCGUCAUCCCUUUCUCGCUGGCUAACGAGGUCAUGGGCUACUGGUACUUCGGCAAGGCGUGGUGCGAGAUCUACCUGGCGCUCGACGUGCUCUUCUGCACCUCGUCCAUCGUGCACCUGUGCGCCAUCAGCCUGGAUCGCUACUGGUCCAUCACGCAGGCCAUCGAGUACAACCUGAAGCGCACGCCGCGCCGCAUCAAGGCCAUCAUUGUCACCGUGUGGGUCAUCUCGGCCGUCAUCUCCUUCCCGCCGCUCAUCUCCAUCGAGAAAAAGGGCGGCGGCGACCAGCAGCAGGCAGAGCCGCGCUGCGAGAUCAACGACCAGAAGUGGUACGUCAUCUCGUCCUCCAUCGGCUCCUUCUUCGCGCCCUGCCUCAUCAUGAUCCUGGUCUACGUGCGCAUCUACCAGAUCGCCAAGCGCCGCACUCGCGUGCCGCCCAGCCGCCGGGGCCCGGACACCGCGCCGCCGGGGGGCGCCGAGCGCAGGCCCAACGGCCUGGGCCCGGAGCGCGGCGUGGAGCCCGCGGGCACCGAGGAAGAGUCGCUGCCUGUCCAGCUUAACGGCGCCCCCGGGGAGCCCGCACCGGCCGGGCCGCGAGACAUCGACGCGCUGGACCUGGAGGAGAGCUCGUCGUCGGAGCACGCGGAGCAGCCCUCGGGACCUCGCAGGUCCGACCGCGGCCCCCGGGCCAAGGGCAAGGCCCGGGAGAGCCGGCCGAAGCCCGGGGACAGCCUUCCGCGGCGCGGGCCGGGGGCUACCGGGCCCGGGGCGCCGGCGGCUGGGCCGGCGGAGGAGCGCGGCGGGGGCGCCAAGGCGUCGCGCUGGCGCGGGCGGCAGAACCGGGAGAAGCGCUUCACCUUCGUGCUGGCCGUGGUCAUCGGCGUGUUCGUGGUGUGCUGGUUUCCCUUCUUCUUCACCUACACGCUCACGGCCGUCGGCUGCUCCGUGCCGCGCACGCUCUUCAAGUUCUUCUUCUGGUUCGGCUACUGCAACAGCUCGCUGAACCCGGUCAUCUACACCAUCUUCAACCACGACUUCCGCCGCGCCUUCAAGAAGAUCCUCUGCCGCGGGGACAGAAAGCGGAUCGUGUGAGCCGAGUCCGCGCCCCACCCCCAACACCGCCCCCGCGAACGGACUCGCGCGGGCCGCGGGCUGCGGGGAUCCCAGGGCGCGUCCGCGAGGUCCCGGCGGGCGCGGUGGGAGCCGGGCCCGGGGACUCCGUGUUUCCCGGCCUCCUUUGAACAUCUGCUCUUCCGCACCGGGGAAGAGGACUGGCGGGCAGGGCCACACUCCCCAGUGACUGCCAGGGCCUCCUGGGGCUCCCCGCGAUCCCCCGGAGUCCUCGGGCCGCCCCUUGUCAGCGUCGUCUCCUGACCGCGUUUGCACCUCCCCUGAGUCCAGAGCAGCGGCUGCGCCCCAGCGCGUGUGGCUCACAAAGGGUCAGCGGAAGGGGUUCCCCGGUCCGUCUAACCGCUCUUCCUCUCCCGGCAAUUUUUAAACGAAGCUCAGGGCAGCGCAGCCCGCCCUCUCACCCCCCACUGUAAAUAUGCACUGUUUUUGUUAGUACUUGUCCGAUGGGGGCGAGGGGUCCCUAAGGUAGCUUGGCUUCUGUCGUCCGAAUCCUGGCUGUUGGGGGUGCCCUGGAGGCAGCCACCUGGUGUCUGGUUCGGCCCAGUCCCUCCGCGGCGCAAGCGUUUUCCCAGUGUCCUAGCUUCCCUCUGUAUCCUUUUCACCAGCAACUGGUGACUGUCCCUUUGGGCCUGGACCUGCUUGGAGGUUUCCUGAGGCCGGAAAGAUUUGUCCGUUUUCCCUUGUGCCUAACAGCACAGUUUCCUUUUCCUGUGUAAAUAUGGCAGCGAUGGAGAAGGCAGAAGUAAUGGCCUCUCCGCCCUGCAUCAGCCCGUGUAUAAAGCCAUUAUUGCCCAGGUGCCCUCGCCCCAGCAACUCACUUUGAACCUCUUCUUCCUGGUGUCCCUUCCCUUCUUUUCUCCACGGUCACUGCUUGAAGAAUGUGUAUGUUGCUAUCCUCUGUGUACGUGUGCCUCUCUGUCUCCCGAAGUGCUGACUGUGGGGAAAUAUUUUAGCUGCUGUUUUCAGACCCAGAUAAGUGUAAAUUGUGUGGAAGAGGCAAACCUGGGGUGAUUUGCCCAAGGUAAACAGUUUGAAAAGACAAAUGGGCCUGCCACCCUGGACAGUUCCUGCCCCAGGAGCUCUUCGGGUCGAAGUGUUGACCUUCCCCCACCUCUGUUUCUCUGGUUGCAAUCCUAUCACCGAUGAAUUCCCAAAGUCGACGGAGGAGGGCGGAGACCUCGUGUUUACAUCGAGUUUCUACACACUGCAGACAGAGACUCUUUAAGGCCUGCGCUCUUAUUUUACUAAAGAAAAAUUAAUGUCAGCACAUGUUGCUAAUGACAAUGGAUUUUUUAAUAUAAAAAGUUUACAGAUCAAAUGUAAA